CGUGCUCGACUUUUUCGACCUCAUGGAUUUGAUGUUAUGGAGAUUUUCGAGUCCAAAAUUGACGAGCUAGUAUCGCUCCGCGAUGGAUACUUCGAAAAGUACCCAGAUGGAACAGAAGCAGAAAGAGUAAAGACUGUCAGGGAAAAGGCUCUGCUUUUACUCGAGGAUGUACCACUAUCGGAAUUCCCUCGUUCUGCCGAACGCUAUCUUCAGUGUGGUAGAAUCCUCAACGCUUGUGUGGCAUACGACCCGCGUUGCGAAGAGUUUCUCAGCAAAGCAGUGAAACUUGGUAUGUCUAGUUGA